CAUUCUAACUGUAUGUGUGAGGUGAUGGUUUGAAAUUUGAAUGAUGCUGAUGUUGGUUGUUCUCUUUGGAAGCAAUCAAGUUUCCUCAACGAGCGUCUUGUUUGUCAAGAUCUUUACUAGCUGGACUGCUGGAGAAGGAUCCACGGAAAGGAAUGUCAUUCGACUGACGACUGUCCACGGCACCGAGUUCUUACUGCAAGCUCCAGACACUGAGACUGGAGAUAGUUGGGCUGAGGUGAUCGGUGAUACGAUACGACAGCUGGAGCAAGACAAAACGAUUGCGAAUCCAAUGGUUGCUGAAUGUGACAUUCGUUCAACUGCCAGGCCAUUGCUUGAUGCUCAUAAUAGUGAACUGAUAGCCGCCAUGCAAGACCCUGAUGCUGGCAUUGCACUCGGUGAGCACAAGAGUGCACUGAAAACAUACAAAGACUGUUUUGCUGGUGUAUUGUGUGUCUUAUCCUUGUCUAAGUUUACUUGCACAAAAAUUUUGUUUGUUGCAUGUGAAGGUUGUGAGUUAAGUGAGUGGUUGUUGUCGUGGUCGUUUGUCACAAUGAGGGAGGAAGGAUGUCAAUUAGCAAACAGUCUGUUGAACGAAUCAUAUCUUGAGCCGGUGGGAGGGUCGAGUAAAGAGUUGUUCAAGAAGCAUUCACAUUCGAAGAAGUUGGCGUUUGUGGAUUGUGUAGAAGUUUUGUAUAGAUUUUCUGCUCUCACACCAUCCAAACCAGUAGAACAGUGUUUCAGUACAUUGUCAAGAAAUGCAGAAUUGACCAGCUCAGAGACAGGCUCGGGUUCUGAAUGUGGCAUGCAGACACAGUGUGGCACUUCAACAAUGCAUGGGUCAGUCAGGUGGAAAAAUUGUGGAAAUAACAAGGCAAGGAUUCUUAAUGAAAAAGAGACAUCGGAGACACAACUGGAAAGUGGGAAAGUUUGUAUUGCACAAGGGUGCAAGUGGUUUGCUGUAUUUUGAAGGAUCUAAGGUUUAUGGCAGUUGAUCAGAGCAAAAUGAAAGAAAUUGGAGACUAUUUGUUCUCACUCGAAAUGGCAACAGCUCAAUACAAAAUUGUAUCUGCUGGUCAUCCCAGUUAUGCAAGAGUUCUUGCUGAUUGAUUGUUCUAUACUACAGACGUGUUGUGACAUUGGUGAGAGUUUGGUUUUGUGGAAGACUCUCGCAGUAGCCGAUGGAGACAACCAACCUGUUGAGUGGCUAUCAAUCCACCCAGUAGACCUCGACAUGAUCAUUCCCGACUUCAUCGAAUACAGAAAGAAAUGCAAUUGUGAUGACUUGAUGAAAGGCAAUUUUGCACCCAAAACUCACACGUCAGAGUGGAUCAAUGACGUUCUGUAUUGCCGGUUGUGGAUCGAGUCUUGAACUUGACAAGUUGGACAACAGAGUUGUUGCUGUACACUACAAGAGUGCACGUGUCAGUCCACAUAUGCAGCUGUUGCAUGAUGUUGUGUCAUUAAGACUUGUCCAUGCAUUCUCGGCGCUAUACGAGUAGCUAUUAGGUACAGCAUCAUGUGACUUGCAGUGGCGGUAUGUGUGGCUAUCAUUACACAGGAGCUUGUUGGUCGAUCUUAUGAAAAUAGGGUGUAAAGCCUUAGGGGGGGUGUGUGUGCGUGUAUAUGUGGUGUGUGUGUGUGUGUGUGUGUGUGUGUGUGUGUGUGUGUGUGUGUGUGUGUGUGUGUGUUUGUAUGUGUGUGUGUAUGUGCGCACGCGUAUGUGUGGUGUGUGUGUGUGUUGUAAGUAUACUUAAGGCCUGUCUACACUAGACCAGAAUGGAUCACGAUCCGAUCGCGAAUUAUAUGAUGAGAGAUCUACCAAAUGGCUUCCUCUUCCACUCAUGACACACAAAAGGUGGUUACAUGCUGCAUUCUCAACUCAGAAUGGAGAACUCAUCACAGCGGGAGAUUUGGAUGAAGAACUCGAAAUCAUCAUGUCAAUAAAGUCUGAAAUGUCCAUAACAUUUU